CCCGGUCAGCGCCAGCACACCAUGCAGGCCCCUGCAAAGCGAGCCUAUCAUGCUUGAUGAAGGCGCGCCAGCGCACUCCUGCGGCCAGCACAGAGACCUUUCCGGCGGCCGUCUAUUGGCACGCGGAGUGGUGAGACACGCUGGCAGCGGGGGUAUUGCGUCUCUCAAGAUCGGGAGUCAGACUGGACCGCAACGAUAAAACCCGCAGGGCCCCCUCGUUGCCCAACGUUCUCUCUUGAUUCUUCUUUCAGCCCAACGGUUUCUGCCCAAAACACCCUUGAAUCCCUUGCCCUCGCCUCAAGACCGACUUUUCGCUUCCCUUUUGUAUCCACUUGCAACCCCCAUCCCAUCAGUCAGCCGUCGGGAAACUGCAAGCCAAUCCAAGGAACCGUUUUGCCGCCGACAUCACUUCGAUCUCUCACCGUCAACUACUCCAAGUUGACCUGCCGGAUCUCCCAUCCAGGGCCUGUUCACAGAUUCCUCCCUGGAUACAAUGACAGUUGCUCUUGGGCCUCACCAGGCAACCAUGCCUAGCUACAACAAUGUUGACCUUGACGAGGUCUCUUCCCUGCCCAGCGACUUCAGCUACCCCCAGUCGUCCAUGGCCUCGACUGCCCCUGCCAUGUUUUCCUUUUCUCACACAGAACCAUCGACGGACCUGAACGGUUCGUCAUGGGGUGCAAAUGCAGAAGGGCCACAGAACCUACAUGACUACCCGGACAAUGGAUCAUCGCACUCAGGAGAAGCCGAGGAAUAUCUUUUCACUUCUGGUCACAACUCACCUAGGGGACCAAGACUUGAUCAGGCCCAACCCGCUGAGGUGGCAUGGACCGCCGCUCCCAAGGCGGUCAUGUCCAUCGCUACAGGAGCCCAGUCUAUGUCUCGAGCCAGCUCGAGCUGCUCCCACGGCUCUGCUGUUUCACCGACACAGAUGCCUAAUAUGAGCGUCAGAGGUAAUGCACAAGCUUUCCGGAGUGGACCUCACCCUGCUGGCCCCAUGGCCGGAAUGGACUCCUGUCUUUUGCUGGACUCCGAUGCCCACGGUGUUGCUUCCCACAUGUACUGGCCCGACUACACCCUCGAAAUGAACCUUGGCGCCGACGGCGUGGCUUUCCCCGUUCCCAAUGUGAACCCGCUCCACGUGGUUCCUUCACAGAUGCACCUUGCCAAUGAUGCCGUCCCGGAUGCGUCAUCCCCCAGCACCUGGGAUUGCUUUUCUAGCUCCAUCUCCAGAACCUCCACCCCUGCCACCAUUGAUGAUGCUUGGCAACCCGCUCCCUUCAGCCCCGAGACUUCCCCCGAACUUUGCCGAUCGCCUAGAGACAGAAAGAUCCCAAUGAUGCCGGAGGAUAUGCAUGCACGCGCCGUUUCCCAUAUGGAGGAUGCCUCGGCUCUCCCCCAAGCCUAUACCGCUCGCCGACAGGGAAGUGAGGGGGAGUCUGCCAGAGACCAUGCCUUGUACAAGAACGUCACUCCCCAGGCCGACGGUCUUUUCCACUGCCCUUGGGAGGGCCAGCCAAACUGCAACCACAAGCCCGAGAAGCUUAAGUGCAACUAUGACAAGUUUGUUGACUCUCACCUGAAGCCCUACCGCUGCAAGGCUGAGGCUUGUGAGGGCGCCAGAUUCUCCUCCACCGCGUGCCUCCUUCGCCAUGAGCGCGAAGCCCAUGGCCUGCAUGGCCAUGGCGACAAGCCUUUCCUCUGCAUGUACGAGGGCUGUGAGCGAUCGAUUCUCGGCAGCGGUUUCCCGCGCCAGUGGAACCUUCGGGACCACAUGAAGCGAGUUCACAAUGAUCACGGCAGCGCUGGCGGCUCCCCUACCGGAGCUGCUCAGCAGGCUGCCAAGGGACGGAAGCGCAAGUCUGAUGCUUCCGAGACCCAAGUCCCUACCAGCCGCAAGGCCUCGAUCAAGUCGAUGCCUGCCCCUGAGCCCAAGCAGCCCCCUGUCAAGCCUCUUAUCGAGCAGUGGCUGGACCAGCGCAAGGCGCUGGAAGAGAUUGUUCACCGAAUGAACAAGCCAGACGAUGCCCAGAGCCUCCACCACAUCUCGGAGGCCCAGAAGCGUCUUGACAUUAUGUUCAAGAUGGCCACAGACGUUGCCAACGUCGCCCCCAAGACAGAGAUGCAGCCCGGUCGCAGACACUACCUGAUCGGUUAA